GCCGCCCCUCCCGCAUCGUUGAACCAACCGAGCUCCAAAGUAAACCCCGCGCCCAAAAUCCCCAAACCCUAACCGCUACACCACCCGACCCCACCCCACCCGGCGGAGCGGCAGCUCCCCGGCCGCCCGGCGGUAAUCAGCGCCGGCGAGGGAAGGUGCCGGGAAGUCGGCGGCGACCUGCGGGAUACCGGGACAGGCGGCACACGGUCGCUGAAGAGCGAGCGCGCGAGCUGCCGAGGAGCAGUGAAGCCCCCGCCACAGCCCCCAACGAGACUCGCUACAGACAACACGGACAGUUGAUACAGCCAUGGAUAUCACUCAGAUUCUCCUAGCUGCGCAAUCUCCGGACGGUAACCUUCGGUCCGUAGCAGAAAGCAGCCUUAAGCUGUUUCAGGAGCAGAAUCUUCCCAGGUUCCUGCUGUCCUUAUCAGUGGAGCUCUCGAAUGACGGAAGGCCGCCAGAGUCUAGAAGACUUGCUGGCAUUAUCCUUAAGAAUUCGUUGGAUGCUAAGGAUUGUUCAAGGAAGGAGCUACUUGGUCAGCAAUGGGUCAGCCUGGACUUGUCGAUCAAAUCGAGGAUUAAGGAAUCGUUGCUGCUAACGCUAGGAUCUUCGGUGCCUGAUGCAAGGCAGGUCUCAUCACAGGUUAUUGCAAAGGUCGCCUCCAUUGAGAUGCCCCGUCGUGAAUGGCCAGACCUCAUUGCCAAGUUAUUGGGAAACAUAACGCAGCAGGGUGCAUCUGCGCCACUGAAGCAAGCAACUCUAGAGGCGCUGGGGUAUGUCUGCGAGGAGAUUUCUCCUGAGCACUUGGAGCAGGAUCAAGUCAAUGCUGUUCUGACCGCUGUGGUCCAGGGAAUGAACCAGGCAGAGCUAAGUGUUGAAGUCCGUCUUGCAGCAGUUAAAGCUCUAUAUAACGCUCUUUAUUUUGCUGAUAGCAACUUUGCAAAUGAUAUGGAGAGGAAUUAUAUAGUGAAGGUAAUUUGCGAGACUGCUGUAUCUAAUGGAGUGGAGAUCAGACAGGCAGCUUUUGAAUGCCUUGUUGCAAUUGCAUCCAUAUAUUAUAUGCACUUGGAACCUUAUAUGCAAACUGUAUUUAACCUGACGUCUAACGCUGUCAAAGGAGAUGAAGAAUCAGUUGCACUUCAAGCUAUUGAGUUCUGGAGCACAAUUUGUGAUGAAGAGAUUCAACUCCAAGAAGAAUAUGAGGGAUAUGACAAUGCCGACUCUAGUGCAAAUUUUCGCUUUAUAGAAAAGGCACUCCCUUCACUUGUUCCAAUGCUGCUCGAAACUCUGUUGAAGCAAGAGGAAGAGCAAGAGCAAGAUGAUAAUGUCUGGAACAUUUCCAUGAGUAGCGGGACGUGCCUCGGACUCAUUGCUAAAGCUGUUGGUGAUGCGAUUGUCCCUCUUGUCAUGCCAUUUGUUGAGGCUAACAUCACAAAUCCAGAUUGGCAUUGUCGUGAGGCAGCUACUUUUGCAUUUGGUUCUAUCCUUGACGGUCCUUCUCUUCCGAAACUUGCUCCACUGGUACAUGCUGGACUCGAUUUCUUGCUCAAUGCAAUGAAAGAUCCCAACAGCCAGGUAAAAGACACCACUGCAUGGACUCUUGGGCGUGUGUUUGAAUUUUUGCAUUCUCCAACAAGUGUGAAUCCAAUUGUAACAAGUGGAAACCUUAUGCAUAUCAUGACAGUGUUGCUCGAGAGUAGUAAGGAUGCUCCAAAUGUGGCUGAGAAAGUCUGUGGAGCUAUAUACUUUCUUGCCCAAGGUUAUGAAAAUACAGCAGAUUCAGUUUCUUCUGUGCUUACACCUUAUCUUCCUAGUGUCAUCACCACUCUCCUUUCUGCUUCGGACUGUGCUGACACGACCCAUUUUAGGCUUCGUUCAUCUGCUUAUGAAGCAUUGAAUGAGAUUGUGAGAGUCAGCAACAUAGAUGAAACUUCAAGCAUUAUAGGCCAGUUAUUGCUGGAGGUCAUGAGAAGAUUGAAGUUGACAUUUGAUCUGGAAAUAUUUUCAUCAGGCGACAAGGAGAACCAGAGUGACCUGCAGGCUUUGCUGUGCGGUGUACUGCAGGUCAUCGUCCCGAAACUGAGCAACUCAGAUGCGGAGCCCAUUAUCACCCAGAAUGCUGAUCAGUUGAUGUUUCUGUUUCUCCGUGUCUUUGCUUGCCACGGUUCUACUGUACAUGAAGAAGCAAUGCUUGCUAUUGGUGUUCUUGCGGAUGCUAUCGGUCCAGAUUUUGUAAAAUACAUGCCGGAGUUUUUCAAGUACCUUGAAGCAGGCUUGCAGAAUCAUGAAGAAUACCAAGUAUGCUCCAUUUCUGUUGGAGUGGUGGGUGACAUUUGCCGUACACUAGAAGAUAAAGUGUUGCCAUUCUGUGAUGGAAUUAUGACUGUUCUCCUCAAGGAUCUUUCAAAUCCAAUGCUCAACCGGUCUGUCAAACCUCCCAUUUUCUCAUGCUUUGGAGACAUUGCUCUUGCUAUUGGCGAGAAUUUUGAGAAAUACCUGCCAUAUGCCAUGCCAAUGCUUCAAGGAGCUGCUGAGCUUGUUGUUGUUUUAGAUCAAAGUGACGAUGAUAUGGUUCACUAUGGUAAUCAGCUCAGACGGGGAAUAUUUGAGGCUUACUCUGGCAUAUUACAGGGUAUAAAAGGUCCAAAAGCUCAGCUGAUGGUACCUUAUGCAACCCACCUGUUGCAGUUCACCGAAGCUGUCUACAAGGAUGGGAGCAGGGAUGAGAGUGUGACAAAGGCUGCAGUUGCAGUCCUUGGUGAUCUCGCGGAUACACUUGGCCCAAUAUCAAAAGAUCUGUUCAGGAACCACCUCUUCCAUGUCGAAUUCUUUAGGGAGUGCCUUGAUUCGGACGAAGAGGUCAGGGAGACUGCAUCGUGGGCGCAGGGAAUGAUAAACCAAGCAGUGGUUGCUUAAUAUGCGAAAUCAUUUUCUGUUGUUGGUUUUGCUGGAGGUUUCUUCUUGUGCAUCUGUAAAGUCCAUUUGCCACGGAUGAAUGGAAGAAUUCCAAUGUAUAUGUAGUGUCAGUAGUAGGGGAUCCUUCAGUGAUGUGUUCGACUUGAACUGCUAAACUUACUAAUGUGUUUGACUUGUUGCUUAUC